AUGGUUUCUAUCAAAAAAAAGAGCCGGCGGCAGCUAACACGGCUAAGACAUGGUAUUGAAAAGAAAGUUUCAGCAUUUCGUAAAAAACAGAAAAAAGAGGCGAAAAAAAACCCAAAAAAACAGAGAAAAAGAGAAAAAUAUCUAGGAAUCCCAAAUAGUUUUCCAUAUAAGAACAAGAUUCUUGCGGAAAUUGAAGAAAAAAGCAAGUUUAAUGGAGAAAAAUCACAAAAAAAAGAGUGUAUAGAAGAAAUAACAUUUUCUCAGAUAAAAGCCCUUUCUGAACGCUCAGAAAUUCUUAAAAACGACUUUUAUGGAGUAGAAGAUAAUGAUAUUUGUGAAAUUGAUGAAGAAAUUGCAUCAUGGUAUGGAUUUUCAGAAGAUGAAAAUGAUAAUCAAAGAAUGGGGUGUAUUAAGAAAGAAAAUUCUCUCAGGGCUUUUAAUAAAACAUUUAGAGAAGUAAUAGAAGCUUCUGAUAUUGUUUUAUACAUUUUGGAUGCACGCGAUCCUGAAGGAACCCGGUCACAACAAGCUGAAGAACUAGUUUUGCAAAAUCAUGAAAAAAAGCUUAUUCUUAUUCUUAAUAAAAUAGAUCUUAUACCAUAUGACAAUCUUAUGGAAUGGUUAACUUAUUUGCGUUCAUCCUUUACAUGUCUACCUUUUCGAGCAGCUUCAUCAUUUUUUCCUCAUUCUUUAAACAAUGCAUCAUUGAAAUCGCAAUCAAUGGCUUUUGAUCUUAUUAAAUUUUUAAAAUCAUAUGCGCAUAAGCAGGAUUUAAAAAGACCUAUUUUUGUAGGAGUUAUUGGUUAUCCCAAUGUUGGGAAAUCGUCUGUUGUUAAUUCUCUUGUGUCUUGUUUAAAUAGCGGAAAAGCGAAAAAACCAUGCAUUACUGGAUCUGAAGCGGGUAUCACUACAUCUAUUAAACAAGUUAAAUUAGAUGAUAAAAUUAAGCUUAUUGAUUCUCCUGGUAUUGUAUAUCCUUUAAAAAACGCUGAACAAAAGAAAACAUACAAUACAAAGGCAAAAGAUCAGGCAAGACUUAUUCUUAUCAACGCUAUUCCUCCAUCAAAUAUUACUGAUCCCAUCUAUUGCGUUUCACAAAUUCUUGGCAAACUUCAUUCUAACUCUAUAUUAUAUGAAAAACUCGAAAAAUUAUAUCAACUACCACCUAUUGUUUCUAUAAAUAAUGAUAUUACGACUGAUUUUCUUAUUCAUGUUGCUAAAAAAAGAGGUCGUUUGAGAAAAGGUGGAAUUCCUAAUCUUGAGUCAGCAGCCAAAGCUGUUAUUAAUGACUGGUGCAAUGGAAAAAUACAAUGGUGGACUGAUGCUCCUAUCAAGAAAAAAAGUAACAUAAUAACAAAGAAUGGUUCUUCAUCUAUAAUAGAUGAUCCAAUUUUUGUUACGGAAUGGGCAAAAGAGUUUGAUUUAGACGCAAUAGAUACGCCAAUGGAAAUCAAUAAUGAGUAA